AUGGCGUCAGCAGCCACCUUCCUCCUGAUCAUCGCUGCAGCCGCAUGGAUAUCGUUAACCGACGCCGCUCCCUCUCCGUCGUCGUCAUUCGUCCCACCGCCGCCAUGCGCACCACCGCAAUCGGCCGUGGCGUUUCUCCGCGCGCGCUGUGCCAGCACGCUGUACGGCGUGGCCUGCUACGAGUCUCUCCUCCCGUACGCGUGCAUAUUCCAGACCAGCCACGUCAAGCUCGCCCGCGCCGCCGGCGACGUCAACGUGGCCUGGCUCCGCUCGAUCUCCAAGCGCGUCAAGGAGCUCGUCGCCCGCGGUGCUGCUGGUGGCACCGCCGGGCCCGAGUCAGCUGUGCUCCGCGACUGUGCCAGCACAGUGUCAUCUGCCGGCGGCCUGGCCAAGCAGUCGGCGGCCGAGCUGGCCAAGCUCGACGCCACAGGAGCCACCGUCGGGAGAAGUCAAGUCCGGUGGGCGAUUUCCAACGCCCAAACGUGGCUCAGCGCGUCCAUGACGAACGAGGCGACAUGCGCCGACGGGCUCGCGGCUACAGGCGCUGCAGCGUCGUCGCCGGUGGCCAGGGAGGUAGUGAUGGCAGUUGUGAGAGCCAAGGAGCUCACGAGCAUCGCUCUCGCACUCGUUCAUGGGAUACCGGUUCCUCCGUGA